UAUCGCACACCGAGCCGAUAUCCUUCGCAGAGAAACAAUCGUGUUGACUGCAUCUGCGAUACAAAGAAUCCAUUAAAGAACCUCGAUUAGAAGAACCGCGUAUCGUAACGGCGUCGACGUAACCUCGAAAAAAGAUUAACCAUCGCUGCUCGAUUCGAGCGAAUUGGCUCGCAACGUACACGUUCGUGCCGGAUUACAUGGUUUCACCCUUCGCGCGACACACGUACAAAGUCGUCCGAGAGAUGUUUUCUCGCGAGAUCGUCGGCCAAGCUCUCUCGAUUCCGUUACGUUUGUAGUUCAGAGAGUGAUCUUUCGUACGAGAUCCUCGUUGAUCCAAGUGUUUCUCUUACGCCGUUGUUGGAAACACUCGGUGAUAGUGCAUCCGUCGGUUGUCAUGAUGUUCUCGUGGUCGUGGAAAGUGCGAGAAAAGUGAGAGGUAGUAUGCUUAAACCCCAUCAAGUGCGCUACGUAUACGUAUUCACAUACACACGACACGAGUGAAGGGAUGACGAUGCUACUAUCAGGAGGGAACCGAAUACAGCUUCCUUGAUCCACGAAUAUUCGCCGCGAAGCACCCUCGUUCUUGGUCCAGCUUAAACACCGGAUACAAGGCACAGUGAUAUGUUAACCGAGGACAAUGAUCCGACGAAACCAGCAGGCGUUUUAGACAAUGCUGGCAACGUGUCAUCGUCGACAGAGGCCUCGGUACAGCACCCUCGAGCCGCAAGCAAUGAAACGGAAGUCAAGAACGAGGUGCAAGAUUGUCCCGAAAAUGACAGCGUGCCCAGCGGGGAAUUAUACAUCGACGAGAAUGCCGAAGAAAAGGAGCAAGAAUAUCCGGAUUCUAUGGAAAAGGCGGACUACAGUUCGUUGUACGGAGCCAAUCAAUAUUAUAACAGUUUAUACAACUCACCUCCCUAUGGGUCAACCACAGCGGGGAAAAACACCUCGGGCUUGCAAAGUUCUUACCUGACCUCGUACACGACACCCAGCUCCAUGACUCAAUAUUCAUCUUACGCUACGUACAAUAGCGGCACAACGAAUUUUCCCAACGUGGCUCAAAAUAUCUCACCGUCUUCACAGAAGCUAGAGUACAGCGCCUACAGUAGCAGUUUGUACGGAAAUGACAGGGUACCAUUACAGUAUUCCGGAUAUUAUCCCAUGCACGGUUACCACGCGACACCCGCUUCGUUUAACAUUGGAAAUCUAAAUUUUGCUGAUUCGACAAAGUCUGCGCUCACGUUGGACGCAACAACUCACGAUGCCAGCGAUCUUACCGCACGAGAAACCGCAAACAUCGAAGGUAACACGAUUCGAGCGACGGCGAAACCUUGCAGACGCGGAAGACGCCAAAGCGGAAGUGGAAAUAGUAUAGGCUCUGCGGACACGACAGAAGCCGGCCCUGACCGGAUAUUCAUCUGGGACCUGGAUGAAACCAUAGUUGUAUUUCAUUCGUUGUUAACUGGACAAUUUGCAACGAAGCAUCGUAAGGAUCCAGCCCUUUUAGCCCAAGUGGCGUACAGAAUGGAGGAAAUGAUAUUCAAUUUAGCUGAUACUCAUUUUUUUUUCAACGAUGUCGAGGAUUGUGACCAAGUACAUAUCGAUGAUGUAUCAUCAGACGAUAAUGGGCAGGAUCUAUCUUCUUAUAAUUUUUCUAACGACGGUUUUCAAUACGCGUCUGCGAACAACGGUAUAUGCUUGGCUUCCGGUGUCAGAGGUGGUGUCGAUUGGAUGCGAAAAUUGGCCUUCCGAUACCGAAAAAUUAAAGAGAUCUACAAUAAUUAUCGAAACAAUGUUGGUGGUUUAUUGGGAGCUGCGAAACAAGAACAAUGGUUGCAACUGCGUUCUGAGAUUGAAGUACUCACUGACAAUUGGUUAACGUCCGCUGUAAAAUGUUUGAGUCUCAUAAAUAAAAGAAGUGAUUGUAUUAACAUUUUGGUUACUUCUACGCAACUAGUACCAGCUUUGUCAAAGGUAUUGCUUUUUGGGAUCGGCGGAAUAUUUCCAAUUGAAAACAUCUAUUCGGCCUCGAAAAUCGGAAAAGAAAGCUGUUUUGGAAGAGUAGUUGCGCGAUUUGGUCGAAGAUGCACAUAUGUAGUAAUAGGCGAUGACUCCGAUGAAGAAACAGCAGCGCGUGCCCAUAAUUUCCCUUUCUGGAGAAUAAAUAGUCACUCGGACACACAAUCGUUAUACAACGCCUUAGAAAUGGGAUUUCUUUAAACAUAAUACGUUUAUAAAGCGAGUAGGGAGGGAAAUAUAUGGAAAAAGUGUGUCCUAAACGAGAAACAUCUUAGUUAUACGGGGACUUAUACAAGAUAUUUCUAUAUUCUUUGCUAUAUCGACGAUGAGAGUACAUAAAAAGACGCUUUUAUUGAGUGAAUCUUUUAAACAUUCCUACUAUUUAUCGAUCGUAUUAUAUAAUUUGAAGAUCUGCUGUUCCUCUAGGAUCGCCAUACACGAUUAUCUCGAUCGUCAAAUGUGACCGAUCGGAGCAGGGUCCACAAGUGAUAUACAAUGAAAGUAAAAGAAAGUAAUGAGACAAAAAAGAAAAUUAAAGAGUUAUAUAUAACACGAAUAUCUCUAAUUAAUUCCUGUAUAAUUUCGACCACAUAUUAAAAAUUAAUUUGUUAAAAAAUAUCUCUCGUGUAAGUACUUAAACGUGUUACGUUUCUCUUGCUCUACAAAUGUAAAAUAGUCUAAAAUUAAAAUGGUCGAAAAAAUUAGAUUCACAAGCAGGAUGAUGUUACACGUUCAUUAGUUAAUAUCUUGAUCGAUGUAUAUUUCGAAACUUUACGGGAAUUUUAUAUAAAUAUUGUGAUACGGUUUAAUCCAAUUAUUUAAUUAUAGCAUGAUCCCAGUAAAUGUAAUAAAGCAUGAUGAAACAGAUACUUUUUAAUAUAGUAGUUUGUGAAAGAUAUAGUCAUUGUUUUGUUAGUUACAUUAUAUAAAAAUAUUUGACUGAAAUAUCACACUGAAAUAUUCUUAACAUUUAUUUCUUCGUACAUAUUGAAUAUUAAUAAGAAUAUUUAGGUAUCUAUAUUUUUUAACUGUUCAUAUGAUAGAGUGGUUUAGAAGUUUUCUUCAAAUUUCAAUCUAUCUCAAAUGAUCUGCAAUCAGAAGUAACAUAUUAUGUGUAUGAAAUUUCAAUGACAAAGAUAAUUUCAUGAGAAUACUUGAAAUACGUAAAUAAUAUUUUCAAAGUGUACGAGAUUAGAUUGUAUAUUUAUAAUUCACAAAAGAGAGACAUGAUUAGCAAAUGAUAACCAAAGUUAAUACCGUUGAAUAAUUAUAAAGUUCAUUUAUAUGAUUUGAAACAUAUUAUAUAUUAAUUAAUUAAAGCACAUUUGUUUGUGAAUAUGAAAAUAAUUAAAUCUAAAAAUAUUUUGCGUGAAUCAAUUUUUAAAAAAGUUGUUUUUGUACAAAUUGAUUUUCCUUCAGUUAAAUUUACGAAUAUAGUGCCGAAAAUUUCAUAUCACUUUGUAAUAUGAUAAUUUGAAAUUAUUCUUAAAAUCGUGUGAAAACAAAAAAUAUAAUUUAAUUAAUCGAUCGAAUAGCACAAAAUUGCACAAGUUUUAGAAUGAUUGAAAACGUAAUGCUGAAUACAUAAAUAAAUUUUUAAAUAAAACUAUCUUUUAGUGUUAUGCAAUAUGAACUUUGGUUAAAUGAAAUGAUAUAUAUAUUAGAUUUAUACAUAUGAAAGACAUAAGAAAGAUAAAGACUAUAUUGAAAAAUGAAAUUCAUCAAGAAUACUUAACUUUUUAAAAAAUAUAUUUACAACAAAUUUUUUUAUGUAUUAUUUAUACUUGAAAAAAUUAAUUUUUUUAGACAAACUUGUUUUUGUAUCAAAUCGAUAUUAUGUUAUCACACCGAUCACACAUAAUAUGUCAAUCUGUUAAAACAGAUUGAUGAAUAUAGAAAAUAUGGAAUAAUAUAUAAAACUCUACAUAUUUCGAAUACUUUCAUUUUGAUUUAUGUAACAUUCUUUUUAGUUAUAUUGAACGCACAGUUAAAUGUAUAACUUUUUCAGUAUCUGUAUGAUUUUAUAACGAUUUAAAAAAUUGUAUUACGCAAACUGUGCCUACUGAAAUUACAUAUAUUUUUAUAAGUAAUUGUUAUUAUAAUUCCAGGCUUUCCAACAUAAGCAACAGUUUAAUAUCAAUGUUAUAGAGUUAUCCAUGUAUAACAAUGCCUAUUUUCUGUGUUAAAAUAAGAACGUGACAUUGUUUAAUUGCGUAGCAAUUUAUAUUCAUUUAUGCUUUUUAUACUGAGUAAAUGAUAUUGCUUUGUGAAUCAGCAAAUCGCAAUUGCUAUAUAAUUUGUUUUUAUAUUGUAUAGAUUUUAGUCGAAAACUUAUGGCAUUUUUGUUAUACAAAUAUUUUUAGUAACAAUAACAAAGGAAACAAAAAUUAUAAGACCACUUUUAAAUACUAAAAAUUUUCAAUAAAAGUCAUUUUGUUUAUGUUUA